UGUCACGGAUUCCAGUCUGUGAUCUCUAGUUGUCCGACAGAGUGACUUUUACUGUGUCUCCUCGCGAUCUUUGAGACUCUCUUUCUCUUCCGGGUUUCUCAGCGCGUCCAAAUCUUCUUCUUUUGUGGAUUUACCAGUGCAAUGUGCAAGAAGAAAGCAGUGAAGCAGUGAUCUUGCGUGCAGUGGAGAGAGAGAGAGAGAGAGGGAGAGAUGAAUCUCAGAAAUCUAUUCAGUGAAUAUGACUCGGCGAAUAUCACAGAUGAGCACUUGCGAUCCGUGAAUGACUCGCUGGAGCUCAAGUGUCUCCUUCAGGCGGCCACUGAGACGUCGUCGGAGGAGAUUGAGGGAUGUCCCAUCUUCUUCGACUCCGUCCUCUGCUGGCCACGCACUCCCGUGGCCACUUGGGCGGUGCAGCCGUGCUUUUCCGAGUUCAAAGGCGUCAAAUAUGACACGACACAAAAUGCAACAAGGUAUUGCCAUUUGAAUGGCCAGUGGGACAAUUACACCAACUACGAAGAGUGCUCUCAUAUCUCACGUGAUUUCCUCGCUGUGUCUGAAUUUGAGCCUCACGUGGAUCUGCCCACCUACAUCUACUGCAUCGGCUACAUUCUCAGCCUCCUCACACUCCUGCUGGCCACCGGCAUCUUCUUCCACUUCAAGGAGCUUCGCUGCCUCCGCAACACCAUCCACGGGAAUCUCUUCAUCACCUACAUCCUCUCCGUGCUUGUGUGGCUCACGGCGCUCAGUCUGCAGCUCACGCACGCCUCCACAAACACCGCAUGCACACUCAUUGUGACACUCUUGAACUACUUCACGCUCACCAACUUCUUCUGGAUGAUGGUGGAGGGACUGUACCUUUACACCCUCGUCGUGAAGACAUUCUCGCGCAGCAAGCCGCACGUGGGCCUCUACAUGACCAUCGGAUGGGGCGUGCCGUUCGUCUUUGUCGCACUGUGGGCCAUCAUAAAAGCCACCUCGACGCCUCUCAAGCCCCACAAGAUGACUGGGCUCGAUAUUGAGUGCUCGUGGAUGAGUGAGUCACUCGUGGAUUGGGUCUGCAAGCUUCCCGCGUGCACGGCUCUGCUGGCCAACCUCAUCUUCCUCGUGCGCGUGAUGUGGGUGCUAAUCACGAAGCUGCGAGUGGCGGAGAAUAGCGAGACGAAGCAGUACAGGAAGGCCUCGAAGGCCCUUCUCGUCCUCAUGCCGCUGCUCGGCAUCACGUACUUAAUCGUGCUGUCAGGCCCCUCAGAGGGCGUCGGGAGUUACAUCUUCGCCGUGGUGCGCGCCAUUCUCCUCAGCAGUCAGGGCUUCUCCGUCUCCCUCUUCUACUGCUUCCUCAACUCCGAAGUGCAGAACGCCAUGCGACACAGAUUCAAUAAGUGGCGAGACAAGAGGAAUAUUCGGGGCACAAUUGCCCAUAGAUUCCAAAGUGCCCAACUGUGCUAAAACACACUCAUCACUCUCUAAUCAUCAGAAUCACCAAACGAAAGGUUAAAUAAACA